AAAACUCGGUGGCCGCCAAAUCUGGGGGUUGCUUCCCUGGCUCAGCCACAGUGCACCUGGAGCAAGGCGGUACCAAGCUGGUGAAGGACCUGAGACCAGGAGACCGAGUGCUGGUAGCCGACACGGAAGGCCGUCUGCUCUACAGUGACUUCCUCGCCUUCCUCGACCGGGAGGAUGGCUCCCACAAGCUCUUCUAUGUCAUCGAGACACGGCAGCCCCAGGCCCGGCUGCUGCUGACGGCCGCCCACCUCCUCUUUGUGGCCCCUCAACACAACCAGUCACAGGCAGGGACCCCCAGCAGCCAGGCACUCUUUGCCAGCCGUGUACGGCCAG